AUGAUUCAAUUGAAUGAACCAUUAACACAUGUUCGAACCAAACCGAUACUCAUCAGCCUUGAAUUCGAAUCUCCCGGUAGAAAAACGAUUGACUCGGUGGCUACUGAGUCGGUGUUAAACUCGGUGGUGAAGAUCAACACUUUUUCUAGCAAGCCUAACAUUUGUUAUCCUUGGCAAAAUAAGCCACAAAAAAAAUCCAAAGGCUCAGGGUUUGUGAUUCCGGGGAAGAUGAUUAUUACAAACGCUCAUGUGGUGGCUAAUCACAUAUUGGUGCUAGUCAUAAAGCGUGGCUCACCAAAGAAGUACAAAGCAGAAGUUAAAGCUAUUGGGCGUGAAUGUGAUUUGGCUAUUUUGGUGAUCGAAAGCAAAGAGUUUUGGGAAGAUAUGAAUCCUUUGGAGCUUGGAGACAUGCCCUUUUUGCAAGAAUCAGUAAAUGUUAUUGGCUAUCCAACAGGUGGUGAGAAUAUCUCCGUUACAAAAGGUGUUGUGUCUAGAAUAGAAUCAAUGGAUUAUGCUCACGGUGCCAUUAAUCUACCGGCAAUACAAACAGAUGCAGCAAUGAACCCUGGCAAUAGUGGUGGUCCGGUUUGCAUAGGAAACAAAGUUGUUGGUGUAGCAUUUCAAACCCUUGGACAUUCUAAUAACAUAGGGUGCUUAAUCCCAGCUCCAGUGGUUAAACAUUUUAUAACCGGUGUUGAAAAAACCGGUCAAUACGUUGGCUUCUGCUCGCUAAAUCUAUCAUACCAACAUAUGGAUGCACAAACUCGUAGUCAUUUUAAGAUGAAUUCUGAGAUGACAGGGAUCCUUAUAUACAAUAUUAAUCAACAUUCGGAUGCUCUCAAUAUUCUUAAAAAAUAUGACGUUAUUCUUUCAAUCGAUGGCGUUGCUAUAGAAAAUGAUGGUACAGUUAUUAUACCAAACAGAGAAAGGACAAGGUUGGAUGAUUUGGUUUCUUUGAAGCAAUUAGGUGAAACAAUCUUACUUAAAAUUUUAAGAGAGGGAAAAAUGCAUGAGUUCAAUAUUACUCUGAGGCCAGUGCAACGGCUAGUUCCAGCAGGUCAAAUUGACAACAACCCAAGUUAUUACAUAUUCGCUGGUUUUGUCUUUGUGCCUCUCCGUAAACAACAUUUUAAAGGUUCCAACGGUGAACAAAUUGUAGUGAUUUCUGAGGUAUUAGCUGAUGUGAUCAAUGUAGAAUACUACAUGUACAAGCAUUUGAAGGUGAACAGCGUCAACAAAGUGAAGGUGGAGAAUCUAAAGCAUUUGUGUGAACUCAUAGAGAAAUGUUGCACCAAGGAUUUGAGGCUAGAAUUAGGAGAUGGUCGAGUAAUAAUCUUGGAUUAUCAGUUUGCGAAAAGUUCCACUUCUUUGAUUUUGGAACGUCAUAGAGUACCAUGGGCCAUGUCCAAAGAUCUCAUGACUGAUCAAUCGACCACUUGUUCGAGUACGAGAUUAUAUUAA